AUGCUCGCUUGUCGGCAGUUAGCCCAAGUGCUUGUCAAUGCCUAUGCAAACACGAGUUGGUUAUUCCUGCCAUUUGGUCAGAGUUCCCAACAAUUGUUAGAGAAGGCCUCAGUGCUCGUGGAUUCCGGAGGCCAUAUCAUCUUAUGGUACCUUCUGGAUGCCAUUAGUCUGUGGAUUCAAGUAAGGCUACAUAUUAUCGCCUGUGGGCCAACCAUUUACACCAACCCCACAGGCCAAGAUGGAAGCAGCCAUGGUCAGGAUGGGCUACCUCCUGAAAACAAGCAUCACCAGUGGACAAGAGACCAACUGGAGAACAUUCUCUGGUCAUUUUCAUCUGAGCGAUUGCCACCUGCUAACCCCAGGAUGCAUCAACAUAGCCCCUUGCUGGUUCCAGCAAGGCUGAGAGUGUCAGCCUUAUGGUUUCCCCCCCACCGGUGGUUUCACCCUGGAGGUUUCAGCAAUGCUGAAGGGGGAAGGUGGUCCAAAGGUCAUAAUAUUGAUGCAGCGCUCAGCACUCCCAGCCUCGGCGGCUCUGCAGGUGAUGCACCCAGAGUUGUAUUGGGCUUCGGUCACCACAUAGAUGAAACUUGCUCGAUGGGCUAUGGAAAAUGA